UUCCUUUCCCAGGAGCUUGUAGAGUGGGUGAAUGCCUGGUUCGGAUGGACCGGUGAAAUUAGUCAAAUUCACCUAAACCAACCUUCUCUUCAAUCCGCGAGCAAGGUCAUAAAAUGCCGGCAUAUUUCCAACGACCGGAGAAUGCUCUCAAACGAGCAAAUGAGUUCUUGGAGGUUGGCAAAAAGCAGCCAGCUUUGGAUGUCUUGUACGAUGUCAUCAAGAGCAAAAAGCAUCGAACAUGGCAGAAGAUCCACGAGCCCAUCAUGGUCAAGUACCUGGAGCUCUGUGUUGACCUGCGCAAGAGCCACCUGGCAAAGGAGGGUCUCUACCAGUACAAGAACAUCUGCCAGCAGGUGAACAUCAAAUCCCUCGAGGAUGUGGUUCGAGCCUACCUGAAGUUGGCCGAGGAGAAGACCGAGACCGCCAAGGGGGAGUCACAGCAGAUGGUCCUGGACAUUGAGGAUCUUGACAACAUCCAGACUCCUGAGAGUGUACUUCUGAGUGCUGUGAGUGGUGAAGACACCCAGGAUCGUACAGACCGUCUGCUGCUCACUCCUUGGGUGAAAUUUCUGUGGGAAUCCUACCGCCAAUGCCUGGACCUGCUGCGUAACAACUCCAAGGUGGAGCGCCUAUACCAUGACAUUGCCCAACAAGCUUUCAAGUUCUGCCUUCAGUACACCCGUAAGGCAGAGUUCCGGAAGCUGUGCGACAAUCUACGCAUGCAUCUGGGUCAGAUCCAGCGCCACCACAACCAGAGUACGGCCAUCAACCUGAACAACCCUGAGAGCCAGUCUAUGCACCUGGAGACACGCCUGGUGCAGCUGGACAGUGCCAUCGCCAUGGAGCUCUGGCAGGAAGCUUUCAAGGCUGUGGAAGACAUCCAUGGUCUCUUUGCCCUUUCCAAGAAGCCCCCCAAGCCUCAACUUAUGGCCAACUACUACAACAAGGUGUCCACUGUGUUUUGGAAGUCUGGGAAUGCCCUGUUCCACGCCUGCACCCUCCACCGCCUCUACCACCUCUCCAGGGAGAUGCGCAAGAACCUCACCCAGGAGGAGAUGCAGAGGAUGUCCACAAGGGUCCUCCUUGCAACCCUGUCCAUUCCAAUCACCCCGGAGCGCACGGACAUCGCCCGCCUGUUGGACAUGGAUGGCAUCAUCGUGGAGAAACACCGAAGGCUGGCCACACUACUGGGCCUGCAGUCCCCACCGACCCGCCAGAGCCUCAUCAAUGACAUGGUGAGGUUCAAUUUGCUGCAGUACAUUGUACCUGAGGUGAAGGAGCUGUACAAUUGGCUGGAGAUGGACUUCCACCCACUGAAGCUGAGCGGAAGAGUAGCAAAGGUGUUGAACUGGGUGAGAGACCAGUCGGAGAAAGAGGCGGACCUCCAGCAGUACGUUCCCCACCUGCAGAGUAACACCAUCCUCCGGCUGCUGCAGCAGGUGGCGCAAAUUUAUCAGAGCAUUGAGUUCAGCCGUCUGGCCUCCCUGGUUCCAUUUGUGGAUGCCUUCCAGUUGGAGCGCUCCAUUGUGGAUGCUGCCCGACACUGCGAUCUGCAGGUUCGAAUUGACCACACCACUCGAAACCUGAGCUUUGGUUCAGACCUGAACUACUCAACCAAAGAGGACUCUCCUGUGGGGCCGUUCCUGCAGAACAUGCCCUCGGCGCAGAUCCGGAACCAGCUGACAGCCAUGUCGUCCUCCUUGGCCAAGGCGAUCCAGGUCAUAAAGCCUGCAUCCAUGCUGCAAGAGCGUGAGGAGCAAAGCCAUCUGGCCAUCACUGCCUACCUGAAGAAUGGCCGCAAGGAGCACCAGCGCAUCCUGGCCCGCCGGCAGACCAUCGAGGAGCGCAAGGAGCGCCUAGAGAACCUCAACAUCCAGCGGGAGAAGGAGGAGCUGGAACAACGCGAGGCGGAGCUGCAGAAGGUGCGCAAAGCCGAAGAGGAGCGCCUGCGCCAGGAGGCCAAGGAACGCGAGAAGGAGCGCAUCAUGCAGGAGCACGAGCAGAUCAAGAAGAAGACGGUGCGCGAGCGGCUGGAGCAGAUCAAGAAGACAGAGUUGGGAGCCAAGGCAUUCAAAUACUUCGAUAUAGAGAACCUUGAGGACCUGGACCCUGACUUCAUCAUGUCCAAGCAGGUAGAGCAGCUGGAGAAGGAGAAGCGAGAACUUCAAGACCGCCUGAAGAACCAGGAGAAAAAGAUUGACUACUUUGAGCGUGCCAAACGUCUGGAGGAGAUCCCAUUGAUCAAGAAGGCCUAUGAGGAGCAGCGUGUCAAAGACAUGGAGUUAUGGGAGCUCCAAGAGGAGGAGAGGAUCAGCAACAUGAAGGUGGAGCGUGAGAAGGCCUUGGAGCACAAACAGAGGAUGUCCAGAAUGAUGCAGGACAAAGAGAACUUUGUGGGCAAAAUAACCGAUGCUCGCAGCUUCAUCUACGAGGAAAAACUGAAACAGUUCCAGGAGCGCCUGGUGGAGGAGAGGACGAAGCGUCGAGAGGAGAGGAAGAUCCACCGCAAGGAGGACCGUCGCAACACCUUCUACCGCAAUAAGGAGGAGGAGGCCCAGCGCAUCCACGAGGAGCAGCUCAAGAAAGAGCGCGAGGAGCGUGAGCGCAUCGAGCAGGAGGCGCGUGAGGCAGAGGAGGCGGUGUACCAGGAGCGCCUUGCCAAACUGGAGGAGCAGGAGAGGAAGCAGCGCGCCCGACAGCAGGAGAUUGAGGAGCGCGAGCGCCGCAGGGAGGAGGAGAUGAGGGCCCCUGCUAGGUCCGAGGAGAAACCCAGAGGAGAAGCCAAGGACUGGGGCGCUGAGAAGGAGGAGGGAGGAGGAGGAUGGAGGAGGCGCACCGAGGUUGAAUCAGAGAGGCGUCGCCCCGUGCCUGAUAAUGUCACCGUACAGGCUAAGGACUGGAGAGCUGAGGGCCGCGAGGAUGUCGGCGAGGACAGAGACCGAGAGCCACCCUUCAGGAGAGGAGGAGACGGCCCUCGCCGUGGCGGAGAUGAUGACCGUGGACCCCCACGCAGGGGCUUCGGGGAUGACGACCGCCCCCUGCGCAGAGGCAUGGAUGAGGACCGUCCACCAAGGAGAACCUUUGGGGAUGAUGACCGUGGUCCCAGAAGGGGAGGGGACGAGGACCGCGGUCCCCGCAGAGGCUUCGAUGAUGGCCCCAGGCGUGGUUUUGAUGACGGCCCCCGCAGAGGCAUGGAUGAGUCCAGGGGCCCCAGGCGCGGGGCUGAUGAUGACACCUGGGGCCCCAGGAGAGGAGGAGAUGACGAGAGGGGAGGGCCCCGUGACGACAAGCCAUGGAAGCCUGCUGUCCGGCCCGUUGCUCUGGUGUCUGCUUCAGGUGGUGGCUGGCGUGAGAGGGAAAAGGCCCGCGAGGAGAGCUGGGGUCCACCCCGCGAAGGUGGUGGCCGCAAGGAGGACGAAGAGGGCGAGAAGGAGGAGAGAGAGGAAAAACAGGAGAGCGAACGCUUCCCAGAGCGCCGCCCACCCAGGUCAGACACACAGGAGGAGGGUAGUGGAGGUGGUGGUGCCUGGAGAAGGCCAGGUGCUGAUGAGGCGCCAAAGAAAAGCUGGAGAGACUCUGUUCGUCAGGAAGAGCCUGCCCGCGAGGACCGCCCUCCUAUCCGUCGAGAGCGACCUGAUCGCAGAGAUGACCGUGACCGCCCCCCACCCAGCAGAGAGCCUGAAGAAGGAGGCAGCUCCUGGCGCCGUGCAGGUGACGACAAGCGUGAGGAGCGUAAAGAGGAACGUCCGACUCCUCCCAGACCCAGAGAGGGCGAGCGUGAAGAGGACGGAGAGAAGAGUUCCUGGCGCUCCGAGAAAGACAAAGAGAACGCUGGUCGCCCUAAGAAGACCACCGACGAGACCGACGAUGACGGCUGGACCACUGUGGCCCGCCGCUGAGUCCACCCUUUCUCAAAGCAUCUGCUUCAAAAUGGCCCCGCAAUGGCUAAUGUACCCCUUAUUGUCGCCUGCCUCCUAGUGGUUUAACCUUUUCAUAAGCUGAUGAAAACUUUGGCAUAGCAAAGCUGUUUUAUUGUUAAAUCAAAUGUGUCAUCUCAUCAACAACUAUCUCUAUUGCCAUUGAAUAUGUAUUUUGUUAAAGUUGCUUCUUAACCUAAAAAGUAGUUGAUUCCCAUUUUGAUGUGCAUUUUUAAGAGUAUCUACACUGAGCGAAAACAUAAACGCAACAUGUAAAGUGUUGGUCCCAUGUUUCAUGAGCUGAAAUAAAAAAUCCCACACAUUUUCCAUAUACACAAAAGGUUUAUUUCUCUCAAAUACAUCCCUCUUAGUGAGCAUUUAUCCUUUGCAAAAAUAAUCUAUCCACCUGACAGGUGUAGCAUAUCAAGAAGCUGAUUAAACAGGAUGAUCAUUACAUAGGUGCACCUUGUCCUCGGGACAAAAGGCCACUUUUAAAAUGUGCACACAACACAAUGCCACCGAUAUCUCAAGUUUUGAAGGAGCGUGCAAUUGGCGUGCUGACUGCAGGAAUGUCCAACAGAGCUGUUGCCAGAGAAUUUAAUGUUAAUUUCUCUACCGUAAGCUGCAUCCAACGUCGUUUUAGAGAAUUUGGCAGUACGUCCAACCAGCCCCACAACCACAGACUGCGUGCAACCAUGCCCAGCCUAGGACCUCCACUUCCGGCUUCUUCACCUGCAGGAUCGUCUGAGGAGGAGGAACUAACUCUGAUCGGCUGGGCCUGGCUCCCCUGUGGGCGGGCCUAUGCCUUCCCAGGCCCACCCAUGUCUGCUCCCCUGCCCAUGCAUGUGAAAUCCAUAGAUUCGGGCCUAAUGAAUUUAUUUAAAUUGACUGAUUUCCUUAUAUGAACUGUAACUCAGUUAAAAUCUUUGAAAUUGUUGAUGUUGCGUUUAUAUUUUUGUUCAGUUUUUGUUUGUCUAUUCUGGAUCCUUAGAUAAACCAUUUGUCUGUGAUUAAUGGGGGCUGAACUAGAGCGGUGUUUGUGAGACGAGGGCUGGGGCCAGGUCUAUUAUACAAAAACCUCUGUAGAGUCAGAAUGGUUCAAGCUACAAACUAUUAAAAGCAAUCUUUGAAAAGCUGAGACUUUCACAAACUUGCACGUGACAUGUUUUGAUCUAUGAUGCUCACAAGCUACACAAGAGUCAUUAGAAUGUAAGGCUCUUCUACAUAGAUCAUAGGAAAUCCCAGGACAUAGUGUCUAUAAUACUGUAAUAAGCUCACAUAGUUAUUUUUAUUUUUUUUAACCUUUAUUUAACAAGGCAAGUCAGUUAAGAACAAAUUGUUUACAAUGAUGGCCUACCAAAAGGCCUCAUGUGGGGAUGGGGGCUUGGAUUAAAAAUAUAUAUAUAGGACAAAACACACAUGACAAGAGAGACAACACAACACUAAUUAAAGAGCGACCUAUGACAACAACAUGGCAGCAGCACAACAUGGUAGCAGCACAAAACAUGGUACCCACAUUAUUGGGCACAAACAACAGCACAGAGGGCAAGAAGGUCCUCAACAAUACAUCACACGAAGCAGCCACAACUGUCAGUAAGAGUGUCCAUGAUUGAGUCUUUGUAUGAAGAGAUGGAGAUAAAACUGUCCAGUUUAGUUGCUGUCACAAACUCCACACAGUUGUCACUGACUAGUUAGAUAUUCAUUUCCCAGUGAGCAAAUCAUUUCUGUACUUAACAGCAUUCAUAUGACUUCAUUUUUAUCAGGCUUUUGCUUUGGCAGACCUUGUUUUUUAAUUGGCAUUUGUCAAUAAAAGUCAUGAAUGCAACUA